AUGUCGGAUCAUAGCCAGCUGACCUCAGUGGAGAAAAAGCGCCUCCGCGAUCGGCGAGCCCAGCAAAAUUCUCGAAGCAAGAAGUUACACCACAUCAGUCAACUUGAGGAGCGCAUCGCACGACUAGAAGAGCAGGUCGCAUAUUGUCGACAACACCACACUGAUGAAGGUUUUUAUCAGCGGACCGAGGAGAUGAAGAGCCUCCGGAGACAUAAUGAGUCUCUUCUUGCGCAACAGCGACAGCUGAAGAGUCUCGUGCAGUCCUGGGAUCUCGAUCUGCUCGAUUCUCCGACGGCUCCCACUAGAGCGUUUUAUCGCCCAGUAGGUGAUAACGAGGUCGCGCGUCCACCACCACCAACGGCAGUCUCUUUCAGCCCGAUAGACCCAUUGGAGGCUAGUAGGAGAACUCUUCCCAUCCCCCCAAUCCCCCCAAUCCUCCCACCACUUCCUCCAUUGGGAGUGACUAUGACUCCCACUCCCGGACCUACGGACUCGCCGAGCCCGCUGUGGAAACGUAUUCCACUCAACAACGACGACCCCUCUGCCCCUUACAUGUCCUUUCUCGCCUAUCCGGAGCAGAUCCGAGCAUCCCCAGACUCCCCGGCCUCUCCACUGGAUCUCCUGUACGGUUCCAAAACCAACGUCCUGGCGGACCUAGUCUACCGCACCACGAAGCGACGCCCGCUGCGUGACCCCGAGCGCCUGGCCUGCGGCUGGCUCGCUUACCACCUCUUUAAAUGGAUCUUCUCGCCUAGUCCAAGCCGCUUCGCCCGGCUGCCGACCUUCAUGCUCUCGGUAUCCGACCAGAUCAACAUCCCUCACCUCAGUUCGAUCGAUCUCAUGAUCUGGCCAGAGAUCCGCUCGAAUCUGAUCCGCCGCUGGCACAUCUACGAGGGCCAGCGAGACGAUCUCUUUGGAUUUCUGUCCUGCUGUAUCAAGGUCCGCUGGCCGUGGGGCGAGAGUAUUCUCGAGCGUGACGACCAGGAUCAACUCCGCAUCCGGCGCAGCUUCUAUGAGACGUUCAUGACCAUCGAGGGGUGGGGUCUCACCCCCGAUGUGAUCCGAAGUUAUCCCAGUAUACUAACCGGGGUGGAUCUACCAUCUAUUGUGUACGAGGUUCUCUGA